GGGGGUUGUGUUGAUCAACAGUCUUCAUUAAGAGUCCAACUAUCUACGAUGGUGUAUCGCAGCGCAGCUUCACUGGCACUGUUUUUCUGGGAUCACUCCAUCUCACAGCCCACCAGAUGAGCAGAGGAUCAGAUUCCAGGGGCGCCAUUGCGCUCUUCCGCAUUUUGAACAUGUCUCCCUGCCACUACUGAAAUCUGAUGGAGUAACUAACUGAUCGCGUGCUUAAACCAAAUUGUUGGUUACAUAUACGGGCUAAAGGUGGACGUUGCAUGUGCUUAGGAAGCACGUCUCAGGCAUUUAGGUUUACAGUUUUCGGGGAGCGCCCGAAAACCGCUUCGCCAUGGUCAGUCCUCCUUCCAUUUCCAAUGAGGUUCUUCCUGAGGUGUAUGGUGCAGCCGAAGGCUCUGAAGGCUCUGAAGGCUCCACAGAGUUAGGGACGCGUGUGGAAGAGUCCGAGCUCUUAAAGCUCUUGCGGAGCGCAGGUUUGGAGGAAUGGCACUCCAAGUUGCUCUCCUUCGGCUACGAGACAGUGGACGAUGUGCGCUGCAUGGAUGAGCAUUGCAUGGAAGAGAUAGGGCUACGUGGUGGGCACCGCAUUCGUUUGGAACGCGUCCUGCCAAACACAGUGGUCAAAUUGACUGUGCCGCAGCCCAAGCUGGAAAUUCACUCCCUACGGCCUCCACUUUGCCAAGAGGGAGAUUGCACGCAGAUUGCCGGAUCCAAAUGUCAUGCAUGCAACAAGCUCUUGUGCCUUGCUCAUGUGAAGACAAUCCAAAAGAGCAACAUGGUUGGAAACACCGCUGUCAUCAAAGACAUUCCUGCUUGUUCUACAUGCAACCACAGAAGCGAGGAUGAGGAUCGAUCCAACCGUUUUGUUGGCUGCGCCGUGAGCAUUUGUGUUUUUUUCAUCGGCACUAUACUGGUCACAAGUAUUGCAUCGGCCUGACUUGCCGGCUGUGACCUCAUGGGAUGGCAACAGAUAUGAAAUGAUAUGCGUAGAAUAUUUGAAGAGCUUGUGCAGUUGUACAGAUGCGUAGCCUUGUUUUAGUCAUAUAAAUUUGGAUGUGCCAAUUAAGAUCGCAGGUGAUCUUCUGACUCCCUGGGCAGCGUCUUGUAUAGAAUUGUUUAUUGCUAGGAUGCACAGAAGGAUCAGUUUAGGCACCUUAGGUCUUCGUGUCAAAAGGAUUCGGAGCCUUGUGAUGUAAAGACAUCUUGCUGGAAGCGCAAA